UGAGAAAGGCUCAAUGAAGGCCUAAAGAAAGAAAGGAGGACGAAGGCCUAAUACUUGUCAGAGCCAGCCCCACCAACUUGAUCCCGUUUUCCAUAGUUGUAAGCUCUAGAGAUUGGUCCAGAUGCACCACCAAAUCCUCCACUUCUGACCACUCCAUUGGUUUUUUGCAGUUCUGAAUCAGAGCUCUCCUGAGACUAGACUUGACAUUCGAAUACUCGAAACAGUGUCCCCCCAGAUCCCUUCUUUGCAGUUCGCUGUGUGAUAAGAAAAUAAAGCAACUACAAACGGGAGAUUCAGUGCGCAAUACCUUUCAGCAGCAGCAGAAGAAUUAAGAUCGCUGAAAAGUUGCAAUCUACAAAUAGUUGUAAUACCCAAAUCUUAAUGUAAUGCGGGUAAAGGAGGUGGCUAACCACUUUUCCCAACCCCCUUCAUUAAAAUUGGUGAGGUGCAAUUAAUCACCAAGGGAAGCUCAUAGAGGAAAAGUGAAAUACGCACCACAACUCCAGAAGCAAUAAAUAGUGGUAGGGAUAAUAAUGGUUGAGAGAUGGAACAAAACAACUAAACAAAAGAAAUUAACUCUCACAGAGGAGGGAAAGGCACUCACAGCAUGGUUGAAUAAAAAUUACUUUUCUAGAUGUAAGUUUGCAAUAGGUGCGGAACUCCAGCUUCUUGUCUACCCGGUCCCCCUAAAAACUUCUCUAUUUCUACACUUCGCUUCUAUAUAUGUCAAUCGGCCCUAAAAGCUAGUGGUCAGUGCAUAAUUCAGUCUUUUGCUAGCAGCUGGGCACGGGCAUCAAAACCUCCCUCCACUCUCUCUCUCUCUCUCUCUCUCUCUCUCUCUCAUGGGUUUGUCGGCUGCUGACUCCUCCGAAUUCAACGAGCCUCUAACCCCAUUAGGUCGGUUCUUCCUCCAACCUGAAAUGAACCAAAUAAUCCACUGCGCCAUGGGCUUCACAAACCCUAUAAACAUAGAUGCCGUCAAGUCCCACCUCAAAACCUCUCUCCUACUCUCCCACCCACGUUUCUCAAGCCUCUUGCUUCGCCAAUCCAACGGCCCCCAGCACUGGCAUAAGACCACCCCCAGCGUCGACCUCGACCGCCACAUUGUCGUCAUCAACAAUCCUGUCCUCACCACAUCACCAUCCGUUGACCACGAGACUGCUGUCAAUGCCUACUUGGCCGACCUUUCCACCACCUGUGCUGGAAUACUAGGCACCGACGUCGACAAACCCCUCUGGGAACUUCACCUUCUCAUGGCCCAUAACUGCUGCGUCUUCCGAAUCCACCAUGCAUUGGGAGAUGGAAUGUCGCUCAUGUCACUGUUCUUGGCGAGUUUCAGGGAAGUUGACCAAAAAGAUGACGAAGAAAAGGGUUUAGGUGGUGGGUUUGUGAAGGAGGUGAAAUUGGUGAAUGGUGAAGAAAAGAAUAUUAACAUACCAACUUUGCCUUCUGCUGGUGGGAAGAGAUCAAAGAGACUAGUAGGUUUCACUGGUGGGAAGAGGUCGUGGGUUUGGUUGCUAGAGUUUGUGGAGAUGCUGUGGUUUAACAUGGUAUUUGUGGUGGAGUUUCUGAUGAGGAGCUUGUGGCUUUCUGACCGGAAAACUGAGAUAAGUGGCGGCAGUGGAGUCGAGCUGUGGCCAAGGAAGUUGGCCACGGCUAGGUUUGGCCUUCACGACAUGAAGCUCGUCAAGAAAACUGUUCCAAAUGCGACCAUAAAUGAUGUCCUUGUUGCGGUUGUUUCAUCUGGGCUGUCAAUAUACCUAAGUCACCAAACACCAAAAGUUUUGUCGGAGGGACUUCGAAUUACUGGGCUGGCCAUGGUAAAUUUAAGACAGCAGCCUGGAAUGGAGGUAUCCGAUAUGAUGAAAUCUUCUGGGUCAAGUUGGGGUAACAAAUUCGGCAUGUUUCACCUGCCUAUUCAUUGCCAUAAGAGCAGCGGCACUGAUCCUCUUGAGUGUCUGAAGAGAAAUAAGGUGAUGCUUGACAGGAAGAAAAAAUCUGUGGAGGCUCAUUUCUCAAACAAAAUUGCAUGCUUUUUUAUGACCUACUUUGGACAAAAGAUUGCAACCUGGUUUCUUUACAGGCUUGUGUGCAAUGCUAGCUUUACUAUCUCAAAUAUAGUUGGCCCGCAAGAAGAACUUGCACUUGGAGGCAACCCUGUAACUUACCUAAGAAUUAAUGCAUCCAGCCUGCCCCAGGCACUUGUAAUGCACAUGGUGAGCUAUGUUGAAAGAGCAGACUUGCAAAUUUUGGUGACCAAAGAUAUCAUCCCUGACCCUGCAUUUCUCGCCAAGUGCUUUGAAGAGGCCUUGCUUGAUAUGAAGGAAGCAGCUGCAGCCAUCGGUAGAACCUAACAAGCACGACGUAACGUCUCUACGUUUAAUCGAAUGUUAUAUUGUUGUAUGAGGUUGAAAACAGUGAUGGAUAAGGGAUACAGUUUUACAUCCCAUUAGCAUGGACAAAUUUUUCUA